CGCUUCCGCCUCCUCGCGCCGGCGGCCCGUGAGCGGGGAUGGCACGUGGCCGCCCGCUGAGACCGAGCCACAAACAGCCGCUCGCUGCCGACCGACAGAGCUGCGAGACGUAGCGCAGCGAGCCUCGUGCCGAAUAGCGAUCGAGAUGCAGCCGGGGAGGUGAAAUAUUUGAAUUUGAUACUCUACCAGAGGUUGAAGACUACGAAGAGGAAAGGUUGUUCCUGUGCUUGUGAGAAAGUAAGAUUAUCCAUGGAGCAGCAUGGAGAGAAGAUAGCAUAGUAAGGUGGUGGAGUUGUGAACAGGAUGGCCUUUCUGGACAACCCAGCAAUUAUAUUGGCUCAUAUUCGGCAGUCACAUGUGACCAGUGAUGACACAGGAAUGUGUGAAAUGGUCCUGAUAGAUCAUGAUGUUGAUGUAGAGAAAUUCAAUCCUUCUUCAAUGACUGGGGACAGUGGCUCGGAAAUGCAGGGAACCAAUGGAGACACUCAGGGUUAUGUAUAUUCCCAAUCAGUCGAUAUUACCUCAAGCUGGGACUUUGGUAUUAGAAGACGAUCAAAUACAGCUCAGAGACUAGAACGACUACGAAAAGAGAGACAAAAUCAAAUAAAAUGCAAAAACGUUCAGUGGAAGGAGAGAAAUGCUUCUUAUUCAGACUUCACCUUCCUGCAUUUGACUUCUUCCCCAUCAUUGGUGCAUGAAGGGAUCAAAUUGGACCUUGAAAGUGACUUAAUAGCUGCAGAGGAGCUCAGCUCGCUGUUUGAAAAAAAGAAUUUCCGAGUAAAGUGUCCGCACUCUGGGAAGCAGUCGCUGCUGGCGGUGCGACUCGAGCAGUGCCCACUGCAGCUGAACAACCCUUUCAACGAAUACUCAAAAUUUGAUGGCAAGGGUCAUGUUGGUACAACUGCAACCAAAAAAAUUGAUGUCUACCUCCCGCUGCACACAAGCCAAGACAAACUGCUGCCAAUGACAGUUGUGACAAUAGCCAAUGCCAAGGUGCAUGAUCUGAUUGGACUAAUAUGCUGGCAAUACACGAGCGAAGGACGGGAACCCAAACUAAAUGACAAUGUCAAUGCCUACUGUCUCCAUAUUGCUGAGGACGAUGGUGAGGUUGACACGGACUUUCCACCCUUGGAUUCCAACGAGCCUAUUCACAAAUUUGGCUUUAGCACUCUGGCACUGGUUGAAAAGUACUCUUCUCCAGGCCUGGCAGCAAAACAGUCCCUCUUUGUUCGAAUAAAUGCUGCUCAUGGAUUCUCACUUAUUCAGGUGGACAGUAUGAAGGUCACCAUGAAGGAUAUCUUACAAAAGGCCUUAAAGCGGAGAAAGGGAUCGCAGAGGGGUUCAGGUCCUCAGUAUCGUCUAGAGAAGCAGAGUGAGCCCAACGUCCCAGUAGACUUAGACUGUACCUUGGAGAGCCAGAGCACAGUGGAGUUCUGCCUGGUCCGAGAGAACAGUUCGAGAGGAGAAGAGACCUCAGAAGAAGACCCGCAGAUGGAUAUAGCUACGGUUCAAGAUAUGCUUAGUAGCCACCACUACAAGUCCUUUAAAGUCAGCAUGGUCCACAGGCUGCGAUUCACAACUGAUGUGCAGUUAGGUAUAUCUGGAGACAAGGUAGAGAUAGACCCUGUUACUAAUCAGAAGGCCAGCACUAAGUUCUGGAUUAAGCAGAAACCCAUUUCGAUCGAUUCUGAACUCCUCUGUGCCUGUGACCUUGCAGAAGAAAAAAGCCCAAGUCAUGCAAUAUUUAAACUUACAUAUCUAAGCAAUCACGACUACAAACACCUCUACUUUGAAUCCGAUGCUGCUACCAUCAAUGAAAUUGUCCUGAAGGUUAACUAUAUUCUAGAAUCGCGAGCCAGCACAGCCAGAGCAGAUUAUUUUGCUCAGAAACAAAGAAAGCUGAGCAGGAGAACAAGCUUUAGCUUCCAGAAGGAGAAGAAAUCAGGACAGCAGUAAUGUCUAGCCUAGAGCAAAAACCUGUCUGCUCAAUGCAAAGGAGGAGAAGCUCCCAACAGCCUGAGACAGGUGGGAGCCAAAGGACAGAGUUCUUGCUGCCAACAGCCAGAAGCAGCCACGGAAGAGAAUCAGGAAUACACAGUUUCUCCCAAUGACCCCACUUUGGUGACGGGAAGUCUCCCUAAUGACAAAACAAAGAGCCAUAUCAGCCGGAAGGAGGGCUGUGACACUUCUAAUUCCUGUGAUUUAGAAGUGAGGAGCAUGUAGGCUGGCAUCAUGGAAGAACUGUAUUCGGUGCAAUCACAAGGAAAGUUGUGGUUACAAAUGAUUUCACAGCCUAGUCGAGAGAAAGUCUAAACGUCAGUUAUAUCCACCCACGCGCACACAGGUACUGCUUGUGACAUGAUCAAACUGAAAUGUAUCCGUUUUUACUAUGAAUAAAGGUGUAGGGGUUCUCUCUUGCACAGUUCUUUUGAGGGGUAGAGUUAAGCUACAGCCUGUUCUGACGUUGUUUGCAUCCAGGGAGAGCGGCACAGUCCCGUCCUAGUGUGGGCGCUGGAAGAAAUGUUUAUUCAGCCAGCUCUGGCUUUUUUCAAGCACAUUUAGCAGCUGCAUUUUUCUACUUUGAAGACGUUUCGUUGGAAGUUAUUCACCUCCGGGAAGCUUUGCAUUUUGAAACCCCCGGGAGCUGUUCUGGAGUGGAAGGCCGGGAGUCUUUCUUCUUGGAGCUGGGGGCUCCAGUAAUUACGAGUGGCUGAAUCAGCAGAGAACUUCCUGCUCCUUGGGCUGGGUUUCUGCUUCGUCUCUGAGGCUUUUCACCUGAGGAUUGAGAAAUAACUUUACAUUUUCUUUUGUCGAAGCACUAAGUGUUUUAUAAAUAAAAAUGAAGACUUGAUUUGUACUGGGAUUUGUAACUGUUCCACACUUGCCCAUCUCAAAAGAGUUGGGUGCCAUAGAUCAGAGGGGAGCGAGAAUUGUAGCUGCCCUUCUGUUUUCAUUUUGGUUCCCCAGAAAUGUCUUUUUAUGAAUUUCUGUAUGUUGUUAAAAGAUAAGAGCCCUGUGAACCUGUUUCCCUCAGUUUUGUAUCAAGUGGGUGCAUAUGGCUAUGCUAAGAAUGCUUGGCAGGAUUCUGCAUGUAAGAAUGAAGAAAAACCUCCUACAAAAAUCUGCAUCACAAACUGAUUUCUGCUGGGGAGACCAAAUAUUUUCUCCGUGUUGUACUGCCUUGCGGUGAGAUUGACUUACAGCUGAACCUGUUAGAACUCCUCUUUCUUUUUGUAUCCAAAUCUUUUCUCUCUGAGCCUUAAUGUAUAGUUUAGGAAUAAACACUAAGGCGGAUAAUUCUA